AUGGCCAUGAGGUGGCUGAUGAUGUUGCCCUUCACUGCUGGGCUGCCAGUUGGGCCCCUGCCCAUGCCCAUGGUGCAGCAGAUCCGCUUCAAGCAGAGCCCCUACUUCUUCGUGCCGGCGCAGCUGCUGCUGAACGCGAGCUUCCGAAACUCCUGGCAGUGCGAGGAGCAGCCGGAGCCCUUCUUCUGCGACGUGGGCCUGGGCUUCUCCGCUGGCCGCGGCUGGCGCUGCGACGGCAGGAGCUUUGACCACACGAUGGAUGCCGACACCGAGGGCAUCUUCUUUGAUCGCGACCUGCAGUGCAACGGCACCGUGUCUUGGGAGGCAGCGCUGCCUUCCAAUGGCCUGCACUUUGUGGAGAUUUUCCUGGAUGUUCUACCAGAGCAGUACUCCCAAGGCGGCUGUUGGCUCAACAGCUACCAGAUGACCGUGUCAAAUCCCCGUGCCCAGCAGCGGCUGCGGUUUCGCGGUCUCUUCCAGGUGCUGGUGGCGGAUCGGCGCGUGAUGCUCAGCGGCACCUCCUUGGCCUGCGGGCGGCUGCUGGCGCUUGCGGUGACCAAGGUGAACCCUUGGGUUGCCAACAUCAAGUGCUGGGACUUCAAGCAGUACGAGUACCACAGCUGUUGCACCGUGCACGACGCCUCCCAAAGCUUCGACUGCUUCGACCGCCUUAACACCUUCGAGCGCUGCUGCCGGACUCCCACCGCGGACCUCGCCUCUGCCGUGUCGAGUCUCUUCGGCGCGCGGCCGACGGAAGCUCGGAGCCACUGCGUCUUCCCGCACUGCCAGCGGCGAUGCCUGGGCGCCGGCAGGGGCUUCUAUGCGGAGCCGCGAUGGGUGGCCGCUGCGCCGUACCCCAAGCCCCUACGGUGCGAGAACAUGUCACUGUAUCCUUUGACCUACUCCGUGCCGGGCGAGCUGGUGGUCGAGUGCCUGCCUGUGAAGAGCCACGACUUCGCCCUCGCCUGGCCAGGUGACACAACCACCUACGUCUUUUCACAAUUGGACGACGCCGUCGCCAUUUCGGAGUACUUCCGCAUGUACCAGGAGGCCAUGUUCGCGGUGACCACCCGCAAGAGCGGCAACGAUGCAGGCCGGCACGUGGAGAUUUUGGCGUCUGGGUGCGUGCCGGUGAUGCCGGACGUCGGGGAGACCUUCAAUCAUUCCUUGGCGCACCACAACAAGGAGCUAUUGGCCAAAGUGCUUCGCCUUCCAGGGCUGGGGGUCGGCAUACUGGACGUUGAGAACUUUGACGGGGAAGCCUACCUCCAGCUGGCGCAGGACUUGUUGCUGUGGACCCGGCAUCGUCUUACUACCGCGGCCAUGGCGGAGUACUUCCUGUCCGUGCUGGGCUACAAUUCCUCGUCCGAGAGGGAACAUUUGCAAUUCCUCUUCCUUGUGCCGGAGCAGCAGUCGCACAUGCCAGUCUCCUCCUUCAUGCUGCUGCACGGGCUCCGGGAGAUCUUGGGGCCCGAGCGGCUGGUGGACUAUCCUUUGAAGCAGUCUGUCUAUGAGCCUGCUCCUGGACGACUUGCGGGCGCAUCUAGAGGCCCGCGGCACCCCUUCAUGCUGGCGCGCUGGCGCCUGCCUUGGGUCUCGCUGAAUCGUGAGAAGAGACAGCUGGAGAAGCAGCUGUCGGAGCAGUAUUUCAGCCACGUGGUCUAUGCCUUUCUUCAGCCGUCAGACCUGGAUGCAGCGGUGCUGCGCUUCGUGCCGAAGGAGCGCCUCAUCGGCGUGAAAGGCUACGACCACAUGCCCACGCAGCUUCUGUCAUGGGCGCGGCGCAUGGGCACCAUGUUUGGCUACAACUUGGAAGACAGCUGCGAAGCCGGUCCUGACAGCGACCCCUUUGCCACAUGA